AUGUCCACCACAGUCCUCAUAUCAGGCGGGAACCGAGGACUCGGCAUGGGUCUUGUCCAGGGCUAUGCGAGCCGUUCCAACUACACUGUCAUCUCCGCUGUCCGGAACCCUGAUUCCAUGCCAGAAGUCAAGUGUGGCGAGGGGUCCAAGGUGGUUGUCGUCAAGCUGGACGCCGGGGUCAACGAGGAUGCUGAAAAGGGACUUAAGCAGGCGGAGACUGAGCAUGGCAUAAAUAACAUCGAUAUUGUGGUCGCCAAUGCUGCUAUUGGUGACUCGUUCUACCCGCUCGCCAAGGUCCCCCUCGACAACUUUGAGGAGCACUGGCGUAUCAACGUCCUCGGCGCUCUCGCUCUCUUUCAGGCCUGCGUGCCCCGCAUGUCUAAAGGCGGCAAAUUCAUCUUCAUGUCCUCCGGAGCGAGCCCUAUUGAUCGGAUACCGGACAAGGAGGAUGCGGGGUAUGGGAUCACCAAAAGCUCCUGUAACUAUCUCGCCCGAUACGCGCAUUUCGAAAACCCCGAACUCGUGGUUUUCUCGCUUUCGCCUGGAUGGGUUCAGACGGAUAUGGGUGAUCGAGCGGCAGUGCGAUAUGGGCUCGAGAAGGCACAUAUCACAGUGGACGAGAGCGUCGCUGGCAUGCUCAAGGUGAUUGACGAGUCUUCGAGGGAGAAGUGGUCUGGUCUGCAUGUCAGGUACGACGGAACGCAAUCCAAGUGGUGA